GCGGUGGUGGUUGCAUCGCCAGGCCCUGCCGCGCCCGUGGUAGUGUCGGGUACGCCCAUCCUGACACAGGCCCAGGCGCACGCCGCGGCAGAGAUACAGGCAGAUGUCGAUGGCGGGCAUGGCGGGCCUGUGCCAGAGGAUGCUGGUGAUGAUGUGGCUUCCGACGUCUGGAAGGCCAAGAAGGCUGCCCGAUCGGCCCGCGCCAAGGCAGCUGCCGAGCGCCGCGCAGAGGCCGCCGAGGAGGAGCGCCGCGCCAUGCGGGCAAGAGGCAUCGCAUGCCGCCGAGCCAUGCGGGCAGCUGCCGAGCGCCGUGCAGAGGCCGCCGAGGAGGAGCGCCGCGCCAUGAGGGCAAGGAACAUUGCAUGCCCAGGGCAACCGACCAUCGUGGUAGCCAUGGCGGCCGGUGGGCGCCGCCAGUGA